CUUUAUCUCACGAAUGAAUCAAACGAUACCAUCGCUCUUGCACCGCGGCCGUUCUCAUCUCUCAGAGAACCACAGGUCUUAGAAUCGCCCACUAACCCUGCGAUUCUAUCCCCGUGGUUGGUGGAUCGACACAACACACGUCAUGGCAGGGUUACCGCUCGACAACAGUCCGUCGGAAGAGUCUAAAAAGUCCAAGUUCUCGCAGUUUCUUACCUCCUCCGUUAUAGCAGUCACUGUGGCCAAGUCGAAAACAUUCUACCUGCAUUCGGACCUUCUAACCGCAGAAUCACAAAGAUUCUCCAAUAGCCUGACGGGAAAGUUCAUGGAAGCGGAGGCGAGCGCUAUUGAGAUAGAGGAUGAGGAUCCCGACCUCUUCGGAUUCUUCGUCGAAUACCUGUACCGCGACCGCUCCGUCCUGUCCCGCGAGGUCCAGCACUACUCCGAAUACGUGACCCUAGCGCGCUUGUAUGCCAUGGGAGAACGCCUCAUGGCACCGAAACUCCAAACCUAUUCUCUUUGGAGAUUCGCGCAAUCGUUAGCGAGCAACACGUUCAUUUCAGAAGAGAGCAUCUGUGAGCUGCUUCGGAUUGCGUGCACAGAAAUCACUGAGCGAGCGAGCGAGGACCCAAUGAGGGCGCAGAUAUUCUGGUACCGGGGGGAUAAAAAUCACCAGCCUCCAGAAACUCCACAUGUUCCGUCAAUUGCUGUGCGACAUUCCCGACUUGGGGAAGCAACUGUGCCUGUGCGUGCAACAAAGCCAACCGAAAAAACCGGCCAUGCCGAAUGAAGUUCAAUAUCAGAGAUUUGCGCCGGAAAGCGAGUACGGCCUGCAACACGCCCCAGAGACUACUCCAAAAAGUUAGAUAGUCGAUGGCUACUGUGGGAUGCAAGCUUGCAGCGGCAUGCAGGGAGAGGAGAGGAAGACAGGAUGGCUACGUGCAAGCUCGCCACUGCGGCAGAUAUUCCUGAGGAUGUGUAGUCGGCUAUUAUGGAGCGUAGAAAUGGGAAAGUCUUAGGA